AUGGGAUUGGAAAGAUUUCAACCUUAUCACUGGGACUUCACCGCGGAUCUCAAAGGCCACGGUCUUUUCAUCUCAAUCAUUUCAGCCGGGUUUCUAAUAUGUAUUCUUCUGGGUGUCCUGUUCUUCCGUAUGUUUUGUUUGCGCAAACGUAAUUUUCCGGGAAUUAUGUCCGGGAAUGUGAGGAUCGUGCAGCAACAUUCAAUAUCAAUACCUGCAGUUCCAUCGGCUUCGUUAGGCCUGGAUGCGAACACGAUUAACAGCCUCCCCAUAUUCAUACACAAGACGAAAUCGGGCUCUGUUUGUUCGGAUUACGACGAUAUUGAGGAUCCGGAAACGACGAGUUUUCGAGGAAGCGAAUGCUCCAUAUGUUUGGGAUUGUACGAGGAUGAAGAAAGGGUUAAGGUUAUGCCGGAAUGUCAGCACGCUUUCCAUUCUGAUUGUGUCGAUGAAUGGCUCCGCAGCCGGUCGACCUGUCCCCUUUGCCGAUUAUCUCUUGAUUCCUCCUCGACGGGAUUAGCCGCCAUACCCUGA